AUGAAUCGGACCGGCCCUGUCACCAAUCAUGUGGUCGCAAAACAUCGUCUUAGCGAUGAUUGGCCUGGAAGCAGUGAAGUUGGAGCCGGGACGGAUGUCUUUGAUCCGCUUGAUCCCGCCCUGUUCAGCCAUGGACCCAUUAAGCAGAUUAUGCUAGCGGAGAUCUGUUACAUGGCAGCCGAAGCCCUGAGACAUUUAUUCUUCUUGCCCCUCUAUCUACGCAUAUUUCCUUCAGAACAGUUCCAGCUGAUUGCAUACGUAUUGAUGGGGUUGUCAGCUUGCUUCGGUUUCUCCAACACUUGUCAUGACAUUCCAGUGCCUACCUAUCCCAUACUUCUGGUCCGGUUGGACUGGGGAGUACCAAGGAACGUGUACCAACAUCAACGCAUAUUCAUGUCAGUUGUCUACGGUUGCGGUCGCUCGUCAAGUUUUCGAAAUCUCCCAACACUACAUAUGCCAACACUCUAG